CUGAAACAGAGGAAGCUAUGGGGAGACCUCCUCACUCUCUGAGGCUCCCUGAGGAGACAUUGUGGGGAGGUUGGUGCUUGUCUCUUCUCACAGGUCAUGGGGAAUUCCUAUGCAGGGCAGCUCAAGUCUGCCCGCUUUGAAGAAGCUCUCCACAACUCCAUCGAGGCUUCGCUGAGGUGCAGCAGCGUGGUCCCGCGGCCCAUCUUCUCCCAGCUGUACCUGGAUCCCGAGCAGCCUCCCUUCUUGCCGGAAGAUGUGAAGCCAAAGGUAGAAGAGCUGGACAAAGAGCUGGUGCACCGCUACGCCCAGAAUGGGAGCCUGGACUUCUCUGCCAGCCAGGCUGCUAACGAAAUGGAAGAGGAGGAGGAGGAUGAAGAUAUGUCGGAUUCAAGUAGUCCACCAAUCCCAUACUCACAAAAACCUGCCCCAGAAGGGUCUUGCACUACUGAUGGCUUUUGUCAAGCAGGCAAGGACCUGCGUUUGGUGUCCCUGUGCAUGGAGCAGAUUGAGAUCCCAGCAGGCUUCCUGCUAGUGGGAGCCAAAUCUCCCAGCCUGCCCGAGCACAUCCUCGUCUGCGCUGUCGACAAGCGGUUCCUGCCGGAUGAUCACGGGAAGAAUGCACUUCUAGGAUUUUCUGGGAAUUGCAUAGGCUGUGGAGAAAGAGGGUUUCGGUACUUCACCGAGUUUUCCAAUCACAUCAACCUGAAAUUAACCACUCAGCCAAAGAAGCAGAAGCACUUAAAGUACUACCUAGUAAGGAGCUCCCAAGGUGUGCUGUCAAAGGGACCCCUCAUUUGCUGGAAAGAGUGCAGAAGCAGGCAAUCAUCUGCAGCUGUCCUCCCUGCUAAACCCAGUGCUGCCCUGUCGCCGUCCACGACCCCAGAGGGUGGAGCAGCCAAUGGAUACAAGGCAGGGGUCACGCAGACAGACUCUUCAGUAUUCAGCCCAGCAAAGUCAUCUUCUGCUGUUAACUUAAGUGGAACUCAAGACCUGUCCCGGAAUAAGAACAUUGUGAAGCCUUUGGCUCUGUCCGUGCAGCUCGUCGGAAAGGCAUUUGCGGCAGCUCCUCUUUCUCUGCGUGCCACUGAUGUUGCCAAUGGAAAUGCUAAUGGAGGAAGAAACAAUGUGCUGAGUUCUGUAGCCUCUCGGCCAGUGCCUCACUCAACAUCUCCAGGUCCUGCCUGUGCAGCUGGAGACCAAGCAUCAAUGUCCAGUUCUGGACCACCAAAGAAGCGUCACCGGGGAUGGUCUCCUGGGUCCCCAGUGCCUCCUGCUGCUGCAGCAGUGCCUGUCCCUGCAAUUCAGCCUUUGGCAAGAGCAGAGCCUCUUUUGUCAGUCCCAGUUCCUCAAUCCGUGUUAACUGGAAUUUUACAGCCUCAACCCAUCCCAGCAGGGGAGACUGUAAUAGUUCCUGAAAACCUGCUGAAUAACUCAGGAGUCAGACCAGUGAUUCUGAUAGGUUAUGGCACUUUACCUUAUUUCUAUGGAAAUGUCAGUGACAUUGUUGUGAGUCCCUUGCUGGUGAAUUGCUACAAGAUCCCACAGCUGGAAAGCAAAGAUUUGGAUCUCCUGGGUUUGAGCAGCAGUCACCUACUAAGUGUGGAGAAUAUGAUACUUUUAACUAUCCAGUAUCUUGUCCAACUAGGUCCUGACCAGAUCCCUCUGAGGGAAGAAUUUGAACAGAUCAUGCUGAAGGCCCUGCAGGAGUUCACUCUGAGGGAGCGCUCGCUGCAGAUGAGCACCCAGUGUGCCGCUGUGUCACCCGGGCAGCUGCCCUGGCUGGCUCGGUUGAUUGCCAGCGUCUCCCGGGACCUGGUGCAUGUGGUUGUAACCCAGAACUCCUUGGCAGAGGGCAUCUCGGAGACCUUGAGGUCUCUCAAUGAGGUGAAACAUCAGCAGAAGCUACCAGACUAUGUGGUUGCCAUUUGCACGUCCAAGAUCAGAGGCAGCGAGUUCUGCGUGGUGGUGCUGGGUCAGUAUCAAUCUAGGGCCCUUGCAGAGAGCAUGCUCACCACCAGUGAGUUUUUAAAGGAGAUCAGCUACGAGCUCAUCACAGGGAAGGUUAGCUUCCUGGCAUCACAUUUCAGAAACACAUCUUUAGGUGAUGAUCUGGACAGGCUGCUGGAGAAGAUGCUGCAGCAGCGAGGGGAAAGUGUCGUCGUCCCUUUUAACGGAGACGUCAGCGAGUGCAUGUCGGCUCAGGAGGCCACGGCCAUGGUCUCUGCCCAGGAGCCAGAUUUGGGUGUUGAUACCUUCCAAAUUUACCAGCCACAGCUUACUGUUGCCAGAAAGCUCUUGUCCCAGGUUUGUGCUAUUGCAGACAGUGGCAAUCAGAGUCUGGAUCUGGGCCACUUCAGCAAAGUAGACUUCAUCGUGAUAGUUCCCCGCUCGGAGGUCCUGGUGCAGCAAACACUUCAGCGGAUUCGACAAUCAGGUGUCCUGGUGGACCUGGGGCUGGAGGAGAAGGGGGCAGCACACCAGCGUGCCGAGAAGUACGUGGUGCGGCUGGACGGGGAGCUGCAGGGCAAGCUGGAGCUGUUCCUGCGCCGCGUCAAGCAGAACCCUUACACCCUCUUCGUGCUGGUGCACGACAACGCCCACGUGGACCUGACCAGUGCCAUUUCCAGUUCCCUGUCUCAUGGCGAGCCUGGUCACGGUCUGGCCGAUCGAGUUAUUAACUGCAGGGAGGUCCUCGAAGCAUUCAACCUCAUUGUUCUUCAGGUCAGCUCUUUCCCUUAUGCCUUGCAAACGCAGCAGUCCCGGAUCAGCUCCAGCAAUGAGGUGCACUGGAUACAGUCUGACACUGUGGAUGAGGCAGCAGGAGAGGAGAAGCUGUACUUUGGUUUGAAUGAAUACAGCAGGUCCCUGCAGUGGGGAGUCACAAGUCCCCUUCUGAGAUGUGACGAAACUUUUGAGAAAAUGGUCAGCACACUUCUAGAAAGGUACCCCCGGCUGCACAGCAUGGUGAUUCGCUGCUACCUGCUCAUCCAGCAGUACUCCCAAGCUCUGAUGGCUCUCACCACCAUGGCCUCCCUGAGAGACCACAGCACACCUGAAACACUCAGCAUAAUGGAUGACCUUAUCACAUCCCCAGGAAAGGAUAAGAAUGGCUGUGGCCACAUGCUUGUCAUUAGGGUGCCUUCUGUGCAGCUGGCCAUGCUGGCCAAGGAGAGGUUACAAGAAGUGAGAGACAAGUUAGGUCUGCAGUAUCGUUUUGAGAUCCUCCUUGGGAAUCCUGCCUCGGAGCUUGCUGUCACCAAACACUUUGUGACACGGCUGAAGGCAUGGAGGGGGACCGAGCAGGAGGACUGGAUCCCUCGCACCUAUCAGGAUUUGGAAGGUCUGCCUUGCAUUGUUAUUCUAACUGGCAAGGACCCUCUAGGAGAAACCUUCCCCAGGUCACUGAAAUACUGUGACCUUCGACUGAUUGACUCCAGCUACUUGACUCGGACUGCGUUAGAGCAAGAAGUGGGCCUGGCCUGCUGCUACGUCUCCAGGGAGGCCAUUCAGAGGCCUGUGGUAGCUCUUGACCUGAGUGAGAAGGAGCAGGAGAAGGCUAAUGGCAGUGAGAAUGACUCUGAUGAGCUGCUGAUAGACCUGGACCGGCCCCAGAGUAACAGCAGCGCUGUUACUGGAACCUCAGGCUCCCUGGCAGACAACGGCGUCAGCUCCUCCAGCGCUGCUGACAGGUCCCAGAAGCCGCCCCCCGCAGCCGACUUCCAGAGCGUGGCACACAGCUCCGUAGACGAGGGCGCUUCGCCCAGCUGCACAGCCGGGGAGAGCCUGAAGCAGGAGUGCGACUCUCUGGGCACGCAGCUGGCCAGCAGCACCUCCAAAGGCUGCUCCCUGUCUCCGGCCGCGCAGCCGCUGCGCUGCGCUGCGCACUCGGGCAGGGCCAGCAGAGCGCUGCGAGCCGCCCUGCCGCGCAUCGUCAUCCUCUCCAAAGCUGCCUACUGCCUCCUCAGCUCCCAGAAGAGUGGGAGUUUGCCUUCUUCCUCUUCUCUCCUGCCUCAUGCUGAUGUGUCCUGGCUGAGCUCGCUGAGGCCGCUGCUUCCCCCGGACGUGAGCAGCGAGGAGCAGUCUCUUUACUACAGGCAGUGGACAGUAGCCCGGCAGCACCACGCAGACUUCAGCAAUCAGGGGGAGACGUCUGGCUCCAGGAGCUUCCACCCCAGGCGCCUGCUUUUGACAGGACCACCGCAAGUGGGCAAGACUGGCUCCUACCUGCAGUUCCUGAGGAUCCUCUUCCGCAUGCUGAUUCGGCUGCUGGAGGUGGAUGUGUAUGAUGAGGAAGAGGUCGAUGCCGGUCAUGCAGAGAGCAGUGAGGUUACUCAGUCUAGCAAUGACCACUGGCCAGACAUUGAGAUCUUCAGCAAAAUGGCUUUUGACCUGAGUGUGCAUGACCCCAAGUACAGAGCUAUAAGUCCUGUAUACACAGAGCAACUCUCAAGAGUGAAACAAGAAACAAGCAAAGAAUCAAAACCAGAGGCACCUAAGAAGAGGGAGACUGUGUCCAUGAUGCUGACUAAGUAUGCAGCUUACAACACCUUCCACCACUGUGAGCAGUGCCACCAGUACAUGGACAUCACUCCUGCUGCACAGAUCUCUGACUCCACUCUGCAUGCGUUCACCUUUUCAUCCUCGAUGCUUGGAGAAGAGGUUCAACUGCAUUUUAUAAUCCCCAAGUCCAAGGAGAGCCACUUUGUGUUCAGCAAGCAGGGAAAGCACCUGGAGAGCAUGCGCCUGCCCCUGGUUUCUGACAAGAAUCUGAACGCAGUCAAGAGUCCUAUCUUCACUCCAUCGAGCGGGCGCCACGAGCACGGCCUCUUGAACCUCUACCACGCCAUGGAAGGCAUCAGCCACCUUCACCUGCUCGUAGUCAAGGAGUAUGAAAUGCCCCUCUACCGUAAAUACUGGCCCAACCACAUCAUGCUGGUCCUGCCAGGCAUGUUCAACAACGCUGGCGUUGGUGCUGCCAGGUUUCUUAUUAAGGAGCUCUCCUACCACAACCUGGAGCUGGAGCGGAACCGGCUGGAGGAGCUGGGAGUGAAGCGGCAGUGCGUGUGGCCCUUCAUCGUGGUCAUGGAUGACUCCUGUGUCCUGUGGAACAUGCACAGCAUCCACGAGCAGUCCAGCCAGUCCCUGGAGCCUGGGGGCUCCAACAAGAAUGUGUCCCUCAAGAGUGUCCUCCAGCACAUUGAAGCCACCCCUAAAAUUGUUCAUUAUGCAAUCCUGGGUGUGCAGAAGUGGAACAGCAAGCUGAACACCAGGAAAGCAAAGACUCCCUUCUCCAGGUGCCAUGUGCAUGAUUUUAUACUGCUCAACAUAGACCUGACCCAGAAUGUGCAAUAUGACCUGAACAGGUACUUCUGCGAGGAUGUGGACUUCAACCUGCGCACCACCAGCAGCGGCCUGCUCGUCUGCCGCUUCAACGCCUUCAGCGUCAUGAAGAAGCACAUCCAGGUCGGAGGGCAGAAGGACUUUGUUGUUAAGCCAAAGAUCAUGGUCUCGGACAGCCUGGCCCCGAUACUGCCCCUGCAGUACGUCUGUGCCCCUGACAGCGAGCACACGCUGCUGGCAGCCCCGGCUCAGUUCCUGCUGGAGAAGUUCCUGCAGCAUGCCACCUGCAAGCUCUUCCCCAAGGCUGUCCACAACUUCAAGAACCCUGUGCUGGCCAUCGACUGCUACCUGGACAUGGGCCGUGAGGUGGCCAUUUGCUACAUCAGCUCUCGCCCGCACUCGGUGAACGUCAGCUGCGAAGGAGUCUUCUUCAGUGGGCUGCUGCUCUACCUCUGCGACUCCUUCGUUGGUGCAGACCUUCUCAAGAGGUUCAGGUUCCUGAAAGGUGCCACCCUGUGCGUCAUUUGCCAGGACAGGAGCUCGCUGCGGCAGACGAUCGUGCGGCUGGAGCUGGAGGACGAGUGGCAGUUCCGGCUGCGGGACGAGUUCCAGACGGCCAACAGCAGCGAGGACAAGCCGCUCUACUUCCUCACCGGCCGCCACGUCUAGGCGCCGCCCGAGCCGCCGGCAGAGGGAAGGAGAACUGCUCGUAACGAACCCAAGUACAAUCACUGUGGAGCAAAGUGCAACCUGUAUUUAUCUGACUGCUCGGAGCGACUCCCCACAGCCGCAGCAGACACGGCCACAGCGGCUACGGCUGGAAGGACCCCGAGGGUGUCCUUUGCAGGAGUCACACAGCCAGCCCGGCUGUAGGCUCUGCGAGGAGGACAUCGAUCGGUUGAGGAGGAAUCCUUCUCUUCAGCUGGGCCAGGGGAAGAAGCUGCUGCCAGCAGCGGCUGGCUCCGGCGUGUGGCACGAAGCGCAGCCCAGCAGGUGGGAUCGAUGGAAGCUCUGUGGGGCGGAGCCCAGCGUCUCUUCAGCUCUGUACUGCAGUACAGGAAUACUCAGGGGUUUGAAAUGACAAUAGAACAGAUAUUUGUACUUCAAGGAAUAGUCUACUUCUCCGUGCAGUGUUAGUUGAAAUUUGUCAUUGUCUGUGUACUGAAACUGUCCUUGGCAAAAUUUCCACAGGUGGUCAAAGUUUACUACUUAAACCUGACCGAAUCAGCAAAGGCAGGGCAGGCACCGUGCCCCCAGCCUCUCCCAGCACCAUCCUUUCACCCUGCCAGGCACCUCCUCCCUGCCUCCACAAAGCAAAAGGCUCCUUGCAGAUAGUCACCUCGGGUAGAGGCCAUUCUGGUGCCCUGCCAGCAGUUCCCUGCAGUUUCUUGUCGGAGUCCUGCAGACAGUGGUUCAUCCUCUUCUGUGCAUGGGCACGAGUCCUGCUGCACACCUGGUGCCUUGCUAGGGGACCAUAGGCAACUUCCCCUCCGUGUCCCUCAGCUCCAGCUGGCUGCAGAGCUCAGCUCAGAGCUCUCAAACCUUAGCUGUGCAGACCAAAAACUGCUGUGGGAGGGCAGCGCUGCCUAAGCUGAGGGAAACAAAGGAUGCUGCAACAGCUCUGGGAGCGGGGAGGGGAUGUCCCAGGAUGCUGGGACUGCUCAGGUGAGACUUUCUAGAAGCAGUGAUCUUCACCUCACCCAAGACUGUCAGUCCUUUCGUUUCUGCCUGACCCCUGCAGAUACUGGCUGCAGGGGCAGCUGCACGUUGUGCUGCCUAAGGACGGUCAGUAGCGUGCAUGAGGUGCUGCAGGAUGAACUGGGAGCAGCAGCAGUUGGUUGUCAGGAUUACACUGCAGCAGCUUUGUGCUGACGCUCCUGCAUGCUGAAUAAAAAUAAUCCUCAGCUUCCUGCAGCUUGUAACCCCUUUGCUAGAAAGCAAGCUGCAGUGUGUGCUUAAGUGAUUCAGGAAUCUCCAUUUACUCCCCAAAAAAGCAAUGAAAUUGACCUGCCCUGUGCUCGCUGGAGCAGCACCUGCAGGGCUGCAGGGGUUUGGGUUUUUUUAUGCCUAGCGUUAAUGAAGCAAUUUUUUUAAUCUUGUGAAAAGAGCUAUUUACAGAUGAGAAAACCUAAUAUAUUUGUCAGAGGCUAAGGGUUUGCAUGUCUGUGCUGAUGGAGUUGGCUCUGAAGCUGUCAGAUUAGCAGAUUCCAGAGGAGCAAUCCCCUUCUCCACCUUUGCUUUCUAUUUCCCUUCAGACAUAACCUGCCUUAUCGAGAACGCUUGGGAGAAGCUUUUUGAUACACACCUGAAUGUAUUCCAGAAGGGCUUGAGGCCAGCCCUGAGUCUUGGUGUGGUGCAGAAGGUCCAGGUGUCACUGUUCAGAGAUGGUUUCCUUUUUUGUGUUUUGUGUUUGAUGUUUGCACUAAGUUCUUACAAUUCCAGGUGCUGAGAUUCCUACUGGAAGCGAGCCCUUUGGUGAAGCAGUGCAAAAGUGUCUUCAGGGUUGAGGUGCAGUCAGGACGUCCAUUCUUUGCCUGCCUUUACCAGACAUCAGUAAACCUCGCUCCUUGCCCAGCUCCUGUGUGGGAGCAAGGCUGUGCUCAGAGAGCACGCCUCAGGCUCAGGAGCCGACGGUCACUGGCUGCCAUCUCCGGCGGUGCCACCGGCUCAGGGCUGCUGCUCCCUGGGGCGGAGCCUUCCCCAGCAAGGUCGUUCUGAUGAAUGUAUUCAUCUGGCCAGCGCCACACUGCCUGCAGCUGCUCUGGCUACUCGCAGCUUACGUUUGAAUGUAAGACCCACAUAGAGCCUUUGUGUUUAACUCAUGGAAUUGCUUUGUCUGACUCUUGGAAGAGGGUUCAAGAUGUCUCUUGCCUAGUGUAAAGUUUUUUCUUAACCAAAACCUUGGUGACUUUAGCUUCACUAGUCAGUCUACCUCACGUUAUGUUUAUGACCUGGACUUAUCCCAGCUGUGGCUGUGUUUAUAAUGUGGUUCAUUAAAUUGGAAUCCAUGAAGUGA